GCUACUACCGCUGUUUGUCAUGGCUGGCAAAUGAUUUACUGACAUGUUUUACACAUUCAAAUCAAUUCGAAAGUGGCGGUUAUGAAUACACUAUUUAGUCUUACCUCAAACCUCUUAACCUCACACAACUUGUCUACAGUCAAUAAAUCUGAUAACUUUACCGCUGAAAAUUAUAUAUUUUAGAAAAGUCCUCUCAUGAUAUGCGUGCAUAUAUUUCUCCACUGUCAUCCCCUUAAGUAGAAACUUUAGCAAAUAUUGUCGGGUAAAUCAAGUUAGUAGUGUUGGCAACCCCUAUGUAAGGAGCUGAUGCGAGGGAAAGAGUGAAGUUGAUAGAUACUACAACUGUAUGUAGUCAGUAGUGGGUCGUUAAAUGUUUUAUAUUCGGCUUUUAAGAAAGUGUAUUACGUCUGUGGUAUGGUUUUUAUUUUCUUUAUACUGUGGUUUUGGUUUUACUAUUAAAAUUAUCUCCCCAGUCAUCUGAAAUCUGGUGCUAGAUCGAGUCAAUCAGGAAGAGGGAAGUGACAAGUUCAUCUGUAUCUUGAAUGUGAGUUGGUACUCCUGGACCUUUGUGGUGUGGUCAGAAAACUGUGGGGAAAUCUCUACCCAACACAUCUAACAAACCUUCAUUCUUUGAUUGGAGAGAGUAUCCUGUCCUAAAAGGGUCUUUCCUUUCCCAUGAUGGAUGUACCUCCUUCCCAGGGGGUUUCUCGCCCUUCAGUUGCAACUGUAGCAGGAGCCCGUUCAUGCAGUACGUCACAAGAAAUGGAAAAGGAGCUGGCCCGUGCUGAUGAUAAAGUGGCUUCACGUAAGAGAGGGAGGAGAGGUGGAAGAAAUAAUAAAAGAUUUAGGGGAGAAGAAGUAAAUAAUGAAGGUGUUAAAAAGAACAAUAUGGAGCAGAUGAACAGGACCAGUAUGGAAGACAUUGUGAUUUGUCAUCUUCCAGAAAUUACAAAAAAGACUGAUACAGAAUCUAUGCAGGCAAGAAAACAUCACGUCAAGUCUUCUGACGUAAAAAACUCAUUAAAUUUAACUCAAAAAUUUAAUAUUCCACAUGAUAUAAGUGUUGAAGAGAUAGUGAUAGAAGUUGAUCAAGAACCUGAAGCCACAGGAAAAGAUCAUCGUCAUCUAAAUUUAACACCGAAAAUUAAUGUAAAUGUUGAAGAGAUAGUGACAGAAGUUGAUCAAGAACCUGAAGCCACAGGAAAUAGUCAUCACCAUUUCAAUGUAACUCCAAAAUGUAUUCUUCAACAUGAUUUAAAUGUUGAAGAGAUAGUGAUAGAAGUUGAUCAAGAACCUGAAGCCACAGGAAAAUGUCAUCAUCAUCUCAAUUCAACUGACAAAUCAAACAACAUGUCUUCUAACAAAUUGCAGAAUAUAGAGCUGCUGGUUAAGGCUUUAAAGAAAUAUGUUAACCCUAUGGAGGCAGGAAAGCAGAAAAGUAAAAUAUUGAUAAUCAUACAACAGUUGCAGCGAUUUCUUAACAUUCAUGUGGGCAGUAUGGAAACUGAAGAGCAAGGUACAGAAUUGUCAUUGAUAUUAGAUGCUCUUGAGACUUGCCUGAAGAAUAAUUAUGUAGCAGGAAAAGAACCACCAUCACAGUUGGAGCAUAUAAUCCAACAGUUGAAGACCUGGUCAACAUCUCAGCCCUGUUUCCAAGCAGCUCCACACCAAGAAACAAACACAAUUCCAAGUGCAUUGGAAAAUUCACUGCCCUUGCCAACUAAAGACUCUGUGGAAAUUGCAGAGCAACAAAACCAAUUGCUGGAGUCUACACAGACUCUAUUGAAAGUUCUGCAAACUCAUGUUGGUACUUUAGAGAUAUCUGAACAAAAAAUAUGUCUAUCAAAAGUUGCUCAAGUGCUGCAAAUGGUGUUGCAAAAGCAUAGGAACUUUAGAAAGAAAAAGAAUUAUAUAGUUGAGUCUGUGACACUAUUACAGAAAAUUCUUCAAGGUACCAUUCCUUUGACUAAUGCACAGAAAGACAAUUAUCUCAAAAUGUUGCAGUUAGUGCAAAAGAUUUUUAGCAACCCACUUGCUUCAACAUGUUUAGAGUUUGCAAUUCCCAAGGAAAAUGUACAAAAUGAACGGGUGGAAACUCCUCAAGAGAAAUUACAAGUUCAACAUGAUAUAGAUGAUAGUAGAAAGUUUGCUGCGGAAGAACAAGAGACUGCAACUUGCUCAACUUUAACUUCACUUUUUCCCUCAACACAUGACCAGAAGAGAAGUGACUCAGGCGAUUCAGACACAGUGACACUAGUGACGGAAGAUGCUCUUCAGGAAAUCGAUCGUGAAAUCAGUGAACUCUGUCUGCUGAGACAGUCCUCUGUCUUCCUCGGUGACAAGAAGCUAUCCAUCAUUUCAGUGGGAAAAACAGAGACAUCCCUUUAUGCUUCUCUGGCGUAUUUGUUAUGUGGUAUUUCUUGUAAAACAUUCUCACAACUUGCUACUGCAGCUAAAAAGUUACGUACAGAUGCCAAAUUGUUUUUAAGAGCCAACAAAGAGGUGUUUCUCAGUAAUUUAAACCAACUGCAUGAUAGACUUUUAGAAGAUCAAUGGCAGCCAAGAAUUAUGUUUGAACAUUGCCUGCUUUAUUUCAACCACCCUGACUACAGAGGAAUUCAAGAGGUGCUCCUAAUCCUUGCUUCAAUGUUCAGUACUUCUAUCAUUGUCUGGUUUAAAGAUGGAGAAGAAUCUCUGAGAGUUGACCCUUGUUUGCCUUCAGUUGCACCUCCUGUAAACAUCUUGUACUGUAAGAGUACCAAUCACUUUGAUCCCAUCUUGAAAAUUGUCCUGAAGGAUCAAAGAUUGCCUGCUCCCUUCCAUAACAAUCUCACAGCUGUUACCUGGGAUGUGGAUGGCCGACAGAAGUUGGAAACUGAAAAGGAAAAUAGAAUUAGUAAUGAGAUUCUUUCCAAACACCGCGUUGAUGUAGCUUGUUCAGAUUCUUUUCUUCUGGUUGCAACUUGGAAUGUUAAUGAUUGCUCCACAACUGAAAAACAAGAUAGUAUUGACAAAGUCCUAAAAGAAUUCAACAUUGACCUUAUAUGUGUUCAAGGAACUAACUUGGAGCACAGAAAAAUCCCAACUUCUCAUUACACUUGGUGGUGUUCUGGUUGUCAAAUCCCAAAUACUAAAAGUGUUGCUCUUUUGUUGAGAAAAGACUGUGGUGCAACCUUAUCUAAUUUCAUUUCCCACUCGAUUAAUUUAUCUUCAGCAAUUGUUUCCAUAGGAAAGAAUAUGUUUAUAGUGGUAUGUUGUUAUCUUCCUGACUCCUCAGAACAGAGUACAUACAGAAAAGUUUCUGCAGAUCUUUUAGUCAUUCUUAACUCAGCUCCAUUCUCUGCAAAACUCCUCCUCUUAGGUGAAUUCAAUGCUCAUAUCGGAAAGACCGAUGUUACAGUACCUCAGCUUGACAUUCUUAACAGGACAGGACUUCAUCAUGAGCUUUCAAACAAAAAUGGGGAGUUUCUGAAGCAGUUGGCAUUACUACAUGAUCUCUACUUCUGUUCAACUCUGUUCCGGACCCAUCGUGAAAACGAGGUCAAAGACCAAACGAAUCACAUUUUGCUGCAAGAGUAUUUUCCAAAGUCAAGAGCCAGCAGUUGGAACAGUCCCUUGUCCGAGCACACUAUAGUGGGAUAUAGUAUCACCUUAGGUGUCUAUCCAGCAUCAUGUGCCCAACGAAGGAGAAUCAAAAGUCGUUAAUUUUCUCAAUUCUUCCAGUAUGGGUAAUACCUUGCUCUCUUUAGAGUUGACUAACAUGACACCCUAAUUUUUUUAAUGUUACUACUGAAAUAGAUUUAGUUCAUGAGAUUAAGACAACAUUUUAGAGGACAAUAAACUGUUUCUUCCAUUACAUUUUGCCUGACUACACUAUAUAGUGAAUGCUGUGUCAGGUAUUCAGUCAUAAGUGUAUAAACUAGGUAAGAAAUUAAGUUUCAAAACUUUUGUUUUUAAAAUAGUCUACAGUUUAUCUUACUAAUUGUAUAGUUUACUAACUACCGGUACUUUAUAUUGAAAAUGAAAAUUGUAAAAAUAGUUUUGAAUUUGAAUUAUUUCAAAUAUGUCAUAUUGCAGUAUUUAUUUUAAUGGUAUUUAUAUAAUAUAAUAUGUAUUUCUCCACUAGUUCAUUCAAAAAUGAAGCAGAAUAUAUACAUUGUUUUUGUGCACUCAUUUAGAAAUAUUGUGUACAAUUGGAUCACUUUUGUUAUUCCUUAUUAUUGUAACUUAUCCUAUUUCAAUUUUAUUCUAUGCUGUCAAAAAGUUGUUUUAAAAUGUAUGUAAUCAGUUUUUUUUUAUUUACAAGCUAAUAUUUUUUUAUUUGAUAUAUAUAAAAAUAAGUGUUUAAACAUAGUAUUGACUUAAAAUACUAUAAAUGAUCAUUUUAUCAAUAUGAAGAAAAAACUCUUUUAUAGUUAAUUCAUAUUUUGUACCUCAGUCAAGUGUGUCCAUUCCUAAUUCCAUGCUUGGUUUUUACCAGUAUGAUUAGUGAAUCAAAUGAUUCUGGAAUAGUAUGAAUGUUAGAUUUUAAGAUUUUAAAAUGUUAUUUUAUAUGUAACUAUGCAUUAAUUUAUUAACCUUAUUGUUGAUAUGUAAUGUAAUUAUCAUGUGAUAUUUUUUGUCAUAUAUUUCUUAGAUUUAUAGCUUUUUUUAUAAAAAUACUACUAAACUAUAAUUAAAUAGUGACUACGCAAUUUUAUAGCUUUAAUUCAUUUUACGUUUAUCGUAAAUAAUGUUGAAUUGUAUGUUUUGUUACUUUUAAUGAUAUUAGAGUAUUCAGCUUAAGUUAGA